UUCUUCAUUUCUUCGCAUCACACUCGCAAAGAAAGCCCACAGCUGAAGAAACCAUUUGCGAGUUCAAGAGUGAGAAACGCAGUCGUUUUUUAUUUUCAUCCAAAAAAAAAAAUGGCGGCUUCAGUUUUAGUUUCUUCUCCAACUCUGGUCUCCAAACGCGUCAUUUUUCCUGACCAGAAAUCAACUCUUGGAGACCUUAAGCUUUCAGUUUCUGACCUUCGAAUGCUUUCUUCUCACUACAUCCAAAAAGGAGGCCUUUUCGCUCGGCCCAAUCUAUCCAUUGACUCUCUCAUUUCUCUCUUGAAGACAGCUCUCUCUCAAGCUCUCACUCGUUUUCCUCCUCUUGCUGGUCGCUUGAAAACCGACUCCGAUGGCUACAUCUAUAUCACCUGCAACGACGCGGGUGCGGAUUUUAUUCACAAAAAUGCCGCGAAGUUCUUUAUUCGCGAUAUUCUUGCUCCGCUUCACGUCCCUGAAAUCGUCAAGAGCUUCUUCCCUCUUGACAGAACUAUCAGCUAUGACGGCCAUUGUAAACCGCUCUUGACGGUACAAGUGACGGAGCUUGCCGAUGGUUUGUUCAUUAGCUGCGCUGUGAAUCACGCGGUCACGGACGGCACGUCCUUCUGGAAUUUCUUCAACACUUUCGCUGAACUCGCGAGAGGAAUGAAGAAAAUCUCUAAACAACCCGAUUUUUCUCGCGACUCGGUGUUGAUUUCUCCAGUGGUUUUGAGAAUUCCCGACGGUGGACUCAAGGUGACUUUCAAUGAAUACGAACCGUUGAGUGAAAGAAUAUUCAGUCUCAGCAGAGAUUCGAUUUUGAAACUGAAAGCAAGAGUCAACAAUAAGACAUGGAUUGAUAACGGCGACAUUAACGCCGCUGAAUUAAUGGAGAAGCCAAGUAACGAUCCGUACUGUAACACGCUGUUGAAGAAGACGGAGUCAAAUGCGGAGAUAUCGUCGUUUCAGUCACUGUGUGCUCUUUUAUGGCGGGCGGUGACUCGAGCGAGAAAAUUACCCGCAUCCAAAACGACGACGCUUAGGAUGGCGGUCAACUGCCGUCACAGAUUGAACCCAAAACUGGAUCCAUUGUAUUUCGGUAAUGCAAUUCAAGGCAUUUCCACAUACGCGUCAGCUGGCGACAUAUUGAGUAAUGAUCUGAGGUGGUGCGCGGGGCAGCUGAACAAAAACGUGAAGGCUCAUGACGACAAGACGGUGCGUCGUUUUGUGUCGGAUUGGGAGAGCAAUCCUCGAGUGUUCCCGCCAGGGAACUUGGAAGGUGCAUCAAUGAUUAUAGGAAGCUCGCCAAGAUUCCCGAUGUACGACAAUGAUUUUGGAUGGGGCCGACCUUUGGCGGUUAGAAGUGGAUGUGCGAACAAAUUUGAUGGUAAGAUAUCGGCUUUUGCUGGGCGUGAAGGUGGUGGUAGCGUUGAUCUGGAGGUGGUUUUGGCGCCUGGAACAGUGGCCGGGAUUGAAUCUGAUAAUGAGUUCAUGCAAUUCGUCUCAAGUUAAUGUAUUAUGAUGAACUGAGUCUGGUUUCUCCCUUCAGCCUCAGCAGCCAAGUUGGCUCAGUGUAUCUUAAUCGUACCAAAAGUUGGGUCAAUUAUAAAAAGUUUUAUAUAAAAUAUGAUAUCUACAAAUGAGAUGGUAUUUGAUGGAAGGAAGUGAAUGCUUUGCGUGAUGAGAAUAAAAUGGUGGCCAAAACUCAAUGAUGGUUGCAUUCA